UCGUUUCAAGCUUCCUUUUCUGUCUAACUUUCUUGGUUCCUUUUGAUCUCAGCAUUUGCUUUCUGCUCGGGGGAAACCUGUUUGUGCGAGGUUGGUUGGCGGCUCCGACUGGGUUUUAAAGGGUUGUGUUUCUAGAAGCAAUAUUGAUGAUAGGAUUUUGGGUUUUUUAUUUUAAAUGCUUGUGAAAAAGUUUUGUAUGGGCCCUCACUCCAAAAAGAGGAAAGACGCUCCGCCUUACGCGGCAUCGAAAUUUUAAACUUCCGUCGAUUGACCAAAUUAUCCCUCUGUGUCGCUUUAAUUUUCGAUUUAGUCCAGCAAUUUUAUCAUAUCAUUCAACUCAAGACUCAGCACAGUAGCGCCUGCGACCAAGUGUUUGAUAUCAUUCCGCUCUUACUGUCGAAAUAUUUCUUCCUUUUUUAUUCAGAUUCAGCUUUCGCUGCCAUCUCUUCAAUUUCUCAGCCCUCCGUUGAAGUCCAUUGUGUAUCUAUGAGUAGUAUCAAUAAUUGGAGUUGAAGUCGUAGUGAUGAAGAAGCUCUUCUUUUUCAAAUCACAUUCUUCUAACAGCACUAACAGUAAUCAACUCUCCCUACCAUCGAUGGAUAAGCAAGUUUACUGGGAAAAACCAACAGAAAGAUUGGAGAAGUCUACGAAAAACAAACAUGGUUCUGAAGAUCAGGUGUGUGUUGCUGCUCCUUGUCUAAGAAGGAGUCUCUCAUUCUCAUCUGGGUCUCUUUAUGACAAUGGAAAAGGGCUAAGGAAUAGCGAUCAAACUGGUUCCCCGUGUAGUACAAGUUACUAUUCAAACAAGCAAUCAAGACACCACUCUUCCCGUUCUCGUACUCUGACUCCUGAGAGGCAAAACAGGACAAAAUGUACUGAUGCAGCUAUGGUGAAGAAUGCAGGGAAAGUGGAGAAAUUUGAUUGUAUUGUUUCCAGGGCACACUCUGAUUUAUCAGAGAUCCCUUCUUAUUGCUCUAGUAAUGUCUCAAAUAAAGUUUUGGAUCGUUACAUUGAUGGAGAACAGCAGAUGGAAAGGUGUGAAUCAGAAGCCAAUUUCUCCAUGAGAAAUCAAUUCGAAAAUGGAAAUACUGUGGUCAAGCGGCCACCAAGAUUUCGAUUUAGUGGACCGGCUUCACAUGAUGCUAGGGAACAGAAACCAAAAUCUCAAUCCUUCAGAGAAACUGAAUCGUCACAUCUUCAGCUUUCAUCCAAAGAUCAGGGGGAAAAUGGAUAUUGCAAUGAAUCUCCACGAAAACUGGCAAAACAUGUGGUUGAGAGACUCUCCCAGUCUCAAUUUUUGCCUAAAAUUAGGUCAAAAGAUUUUGACCCUGAUAGCCCAAUCACCGUAGAAGCCGUGUAUGGAAGAGCCUCGAAUAGGAGUUCAAAUGCAUAUACUGAUGAAAUAUCUCCGAGAAAUUGUACAACAGAUUGGCACACUGACACUACUGAUGGGUCUCAUCAGGAAACAAUUUCAGAAUUCUUGGAAAUGGAGUCUUCCGCUGGUGAUAAAGAAGGUGUUAGAGAAAAUUUUAGCGCUGUAAUGGAUGCUGAUUUAGAACUGCUUAAAAAAUUUAAGGAAGCUGAGGACCGGGCUGCACUUCUCUCAGAAGAGCUUGAAAGGGGAAAUUUUAUUCAGUUUCGAGGACUUAGUGUGUCAGCACUGAUACAAACAAUUAGAAGCUUAACAGAGGAGAAGUUAAACAUGGCUCUAGAGGUUUCAGCAGUCCUAGAGGAUAGGAUUGCUGAAAAAGCCUGGAUUAGGGAGAAACUUAAACAUGAAAGAGUAGAACUUGAUGCCCAGUGCCGGAGACUCGAGAAGGAAAAGAAUGAAAUGCAGCUAGCUCUUGAAAAGGAAUUGGAUAGGAGAUCAACUGAGUGGUCCCGCAAGCUUGAGAAAUACCAGGCAGAGGAACAUAGGCUUCGGGAGAGGGUAAGGGAACUAGCAGAGCAGAAUGUCUGCCUCCAAAGAGAAGUCUCUUCUUCUAGUGAAAGGGAAAAGGACACUAGAACUAAAACUACAAACAUGGAGAAACAAAUUGCGGAUUUAUCUAUUCAAGUUAAGGAAACUCAGGAAGAGAAUCAAUCUUUGCAGAAAACUCUAUCUGAAAUACAAGACAAAAGUAGAUCAGCAGAAGAAGACCGAAAUUGCAUCCAGAGGAACUAUGAAGAGAGGGUUAGGGAGUGCAAGGAUAUGCACCAAGCUAUCAGUAGACUGCAAAGAACCAGUAAUGAUCAAGAGAAGACAAUCGAUGGACUGCGAGGACUUUGUGAGGAACUUGGAAAGAAAAUUUCUCAAGAGAAUUUUGAUUUUGGAUUUGCAAAGCUGCAAGUUGAACAUAUGAGACUGACCGGUGUGGAGCAUUCACUGAGGAAGGAGGUGGAAUCAUAUAGAGCUGAAGUUGAUUCACUUAGGCAUGAGAACAUUGAUCUACUCAAUCGUCUGAAAAGCAAUGGGAAAGAGGGUACAUCUUCAACUUUUAAGUUGGAUCGAGAACUACAGAAUCGUAUUAGCUGCUUGCAAAAUCAAAUGCUUCCAUUGCUUAUGGACAGCAGCCAACUUGGAAGGAAGUUACUUGAAUAUGUCAAAGCUAUUGGUGGUUACCCACUGAAGAAGGGGCCAGCUUCUGCUACAUGUUUAGAUGGUCAAGUUCUAGUUGAAUGCGAAGUGAAGCUCCAAGGUCUAGAACGUGCAGCUGAAAACUUGUUAAUCAGUAUCCAAACUGUGUCCAGUGUCCUCCAGGAAAAAUCUGCAUUGCUGCAGGAGAAUUUCUACUCAGUUGGCAUGGAUCCUCAAGCACCUAGAUCAGAUGGUGAAUCACACAAAUGGAGAGAGCAGAAAUCAGAGGACAUAAUCAGAUCAGAGUUGAAAGCAGAAACCCUACUGACCAGUUUGUUGCGUGAGAAACUUUAUUCCAAGGAUUUAGAGAUCGAGCAGCUGCAAGCAGAGGUUGCUGCAGCUGUAAGGGGCAACGAUGUUCUAAAAUGUGAAGUGCAAAAUGCUCUUGAUAACUUGUCUUGCAUAAACCACAAGAUGAAAGAACUUGAACUUCAGAUGAUGAAAAAGGAUGAGACUAUUAAUCAACUUCAAGGUGACCUGCAAGAAUGCAAGAAAGAAUUGGCUAUCGUGAGGGGAAUACUACCAAAGGUAUCCGAAGAGAGAGAUCUUAUGUGGGAUGAGGUUAAGCAGUACACGGAGAAGAACAUGUUAUUGAAUUCUGAGAUCAACGCGUUGAGAAAGAAAAUAGAGGCCCUCGAUGAAGAUAUACUGCUGAAAGAAGGCCAGAUCACCAUUUUGAAAGAUAGUAUCGGCAAACCCUUCAACCUCCUUGCUAGUCCAGAUUCUAGCGAGAACUUCUGGACAGGUGCGCGUUAAUUCAUGAUGAUAUGCACUUUUUACAUACUGUUUCGGGCUUGUUUUUUGGUGUUCUUUUUAUCUUCUUUGUGAUUGUUUAAGCUCACCUCACAGCCGUUGAUGAGACAGUAGAAGUUCUCUCGCCAACUUUACAUUUGGUUAUACACAACUUUGUGAAUUACAUCAUUGUUUGUAUAGUGACAAAGCGGUUGUCUUUGGCUGCUAUAAAUACAAACAUUCCCUUUUAAGUGUGGGAAAAUUACUGAAGA